GAUUCCUACGGAUAUUCGUAAAAAUGCAACGCAUAUUGUACUCUUCAGUGGUGGAGGUUCAACUCGAAAACUUGCUGACAUUAUACAGAUGCUGAUUCGCACAAAGCUUCAAAGGUCCUCGAUGGAUACUCCGCUCAACUUGGAAAGGGAAAUCGAAUCGUUGGGCAAUACUUCUAACUAG